CCCAAGUUAGGCACACGCCUUUUGGCGUUCAGCCUCUGAAAAUAUUAAGUUACAUUUUUGGUGUUAAAGUUUUAACUACAUUGAUUGAGGGGUUGUGACGUCACGACGGCGCGGUCACUUAUCCACGUUUCUCCGUCACACCACCAGCCUCCAGCGCGUUAACGCCCGCCGCAACGAGUGCCCGCCUCAUUCUGAGAAGCGGCCUGCACAGCACGCACGCACCGCAACAACGAAUAAAAAUACGAAAUCAAAUAAAAAAAAACCGCUGUGAUAAAUUAGCGAUGUCAAUAAUCCAAGUGCUAGUGUGAACAAACAUUACUAUGAAAAAAUUAAACUAAAAUGACACGCGCUUCAGCUUUCAAAACCGUGUUUUAAAAUAAGUGUUUUUAAAAAAUAUCCCGGACUUAAAAUGACCAAGUACAAGUUAAAUAACGCGGCGCGGUCCGCUUCGGAAGUGACGCUGACUUCGUACAUGACAGGUAGCACGGACAGCACGAAUAUAAAAAGAGACGAGCGGCAUUAUCAGAUACCGGAACUUGAUACGAAUCAAAACGGGAAUCUGAACUCUCAGAACAGGAAUUUAGAGGCGGCGAAGAGUUGUCACGUGUGCCCGCACUCCUGUGAAUUUUUGGAGCAAACGGGCAAACUAGCCGCUUCGUUAGUGAAAACUGAAUGCGACAGAUUUGGGCUGAACGAGCUGAAGGUGGGAGGUCUGGAUAAGAACGUGUGCUUGUGUGAGAAGUACAACGGGGGUUGCAAGCUGUGCCCUCGGCCGAGUCUCGCGCCGACCCUCCGCUUGAGUCUUGAUGGCAAGGAAACUUGCCUCGCCUGUCACGAUAAUUCCUGCGCACCUUAUUCAAACACAAAUGACACAUUCCCUUCAAAAUCUUCGAGCGGCAGCAGCGGCGGGUGGCGGAGGGACGCGGCGAGACGCGCACGUGCAUGUUGCUCUGCAAAGACGCUGAUGCGACGGCUGCCUAUACUAUCCUGGCUGCCACAGUACACACCACGCAAAGGCCUGGCUGACAUCAUCGCAGGAAUUACAGUAGGCUUAACAGUGAUACCACAAGCAAUAGCAUAUGCUGGAGUCGCAGGGCUCCCGCCGCAGUACGGUCUCUACUCGUCCUUCAUGGCGUGCUUUGUCUACACAGUGUUUGGUUCAGUGAAGGACUCGGCGAUAGGCCCCACGGCCAUCGCCGCUAUCCUCACGAGGGAGAACCUGCACGGACUGGGGCCGGAGUUUGCUGUUCUCCUGGCGUUUUUGUCCGGAUGUGUAGAGUUACUUAUGGGUAUUUUACAAUUAGGUAAGUUCUUGGAUAUAAUCUUUUUUAAAAAUUAUAUAAGAUAUACACUGUUCACAGCGGAGGGCAAGUACGUAGACGCAACUCAAGAAAUGCUGGCUCUGGGCGUGUGCAAUAUCGCAUCUGCACUAGUAGAGUCCAUGCCGGUGUCUGGUGCUCUGUCACGAGGUGCAGUCAACCACGCUUCGGGUGUCGCUACCACCGCAGGAGGCCUAUAUACCGGUGCACUCGUUUUGUUAUCGCUACAGUACUUUACUCCAUAUUUCUUCUACAUUCCGAAAGCGUCUCUGGCAGCGGUAAUCAUCGCCGCUGUAGUCUUUAUGAUGGAGCUACACGUCUUCAAGCCCAUUUGGAGGACCAAAAAAUUGGACAUAAUCCCUGCCGUGGUAACAUUCGCCGCAUGCCUCCUAACACGACUGGAACUCGGCAUCGUGAUUGGCAUCGGCGUCAACCUCGUAUUCCUUUUGUAUGCAUCUGCACGGCCAGCAGUGCGGGUGACGCAGGCGGUGAGCACACAUGGUGUGCAACAUGUCGUGGCCGUGGUGGACCGUGCACUAGCUUUCCCUUCGGCCGAGUUUGUGCGUCGGGCGCUGCGUAAAGCUGCUGAACGGCACCCUGACGCGCCACGCGUGCCUCUGGUUAUUGAUGCGACGCACGUACAAGCUGCUGAUUUCACUGCUGCCAAGGGCAUCAAGUCUCUGAUCGAUGACUUCCAUGCGCGCGGGCAGACGAUAAUCUUCUACAACGUAAAGCCGUCUCUGGCAGAGGUGUUCCGCGGCGUGCGACCGCGCGAGUUCCUGCACUGCGCCUGCCGCGCCGAUCUGGACCAGCUGCUGCUGCAGGCGCAACGGCGCGCCGAGCAGCAAAACGUUGCAGCUACUGGAGACGCCAAGACUCCCGCGCCUACGUAGCACCGCCGCCGCUGCCGCCCUGUGUGCCCUGAUCUCCAAAACUAGCCGCGAUUCCACUACACCAGUAUUUAUUAGCGUAUUAUCUAUUUGUAAUAGUACCUACCAAGCUGCACUUGUACCAUGUCUACGUAUCUCUUAGUUAGGCAAUACUUUAGUAUGUAAGGUUAACAAGAGAGAAUGCGUCUGAGUGUUUUUGACUAUUGAAAAUAAAGAGUGUUGGUUAAUUUGGGAUUUUAAUUACUAAGUCCGGGAUACCC